UGGCAUAAAGUCAAACACACAAAUAAAAGCUCAAAAAGUCAUGAAUGGAACCGUGAGACUGAAAACUGUCAAUUUGAGUCAUUAAGCACAAAAAAAGAAAACAGUAAACAUUGCGCAUGAAAGAUUCUGUUACACCUCACCGGACGGUAGCCGGAGUUCGUCUACAAUCAAUGGAGAAACAGAUCGGUUGCAUGUCCGGUUUCCUUCAAAUCUUUGAUCGCCAACAGAUUUUAGCCGGAAAAAGAAUCCACUCCACCAAACGCCUCCCUAGUUCCACCGCAGUAGUUGCAUCGUCGGAGACAGAGAGUUCCGGUUAUUCUCCUGUUGUAUCAGCAAGCCCAGAUAACUCUCAAUUAUCUCCGGUGGAGAAGAUGAACUACCGGUCAAAAUCUCCGGUUAUGGUUCCGACAUCAUCUUUGAAAACGAGUAAAGAAAUCAAUACGCUUUCGCUUGAUAGCAGAGGUUCGAGUCCCAUGAGUGAAACGUCUGUUGUUGCUGAUGAAAAGGAGAACCAACGGCGAUCACCAAGCGUCAUUGCGAGACUCAUGGGACUCGAACCUCUGUCAUAUUCCGAUAAAAAAUGCUCACAAACCGUCGCGAAACCUGUUCUACUGAGAUCCGUUUCAGAACCUAGGGUUUCAAGAUCUCUAGAUCAUUCUACAUACAUAGAUGAUAACAAUUUUCAACUAAAACAACCAAAUCAAUCACAAAAAGUUCAAAAGAUAAAUGCAAACGACAGAAAUGGUAGAGAAACUUCUAGAAGAAACUGUGAUCUUCCAAAAAGCUUCUUCGAUUCAACUGAUUUUUUUCCAGAGCCAAAUCAACCGACGGUUACAACGCAUGGAGAUUUCGAGAAGAAGUUGAAUAUGAGAGGAAUCACUGAACAUUCCAAAGAUCUGAACACACUUAAACAAAUUCUCGAAGUUCUGCAACUCAAAGGGCUCCUACGUUCCACUAAUCGUCUUUCGAACAUAGAUAGCCACCGGAACUUUGUUUAUGAUCGGAAUCUGCAACUCAACAAAUCGAACAUUGUGCUCGUAAAACCGUCUAGAUUUGUAAACAAUUCUCGGUCAACGCGUCAAUUUGUUAGCGAAAAAUCUCCGGCGAUUAGUCCGAAUCGAGCCAGAGCAGUUGAUCGGAGUGGAAAAAGUCUGGUGAGAGGUAGAACAUGUUCAGCUAAUCGAAUAGAGAGCAACUUAAAAGCGUGUAAUUCGAUUAGCAAAGCGAAAACAUCGAAUUAUGAAAUAGAACGUAGAGAGAAUAAUUCAUCUUGUUCACUAAAAAUCUCUCAACUUCGAUCGUUUAGAAACCAGAAACUAACGGAAUCAUCAUCAUCCGUUAAUUCUCCAAAACAGAAGUCUAUGAAACCAAUUGUUGCAAAGCAUGAAUUGGCUUCUACAACCGAAUCAGAGAGAUGUGGUAAGUUGUUGAGUAGAAUGGCGGAGACGGGCGGCGCCACUGAGUCGCUGCCGAGUUCAGCGGCGGUUGUACCGAGUCCGGUGUCAGUUGUUGACUCGGGAUUUGACACGGACGAGUUGUUGACUCCUUUGAAGUGCAUUGAUUUGGAAGCAACUCCAGCAUUUGAUUUCAAAGAAGACGACGGGAUCCAUAAACUCUCACCAACAAAACACGAAGAAUUCAUAUCAGAUGACUCCGAUUUCAUUUACAUUUCACAUAUACUUCGAGCCUCACAACACCUUCACGAAGAUUCCAACGUCUUCUCCUCGAUCGAGCAACAUCUCUACAACAACAAAAGCACAUCAAACGUCUCUAAACGCCAACAAAAGCUCAUUUUCGACGUAGUUCAUGAGAUCAUCGACAAAAACAAACAGUUGCCACCAUGGAAGACAUUAUUUGAAGAUACCCGAGCAUCGGUUAAACAAAUAUGGUCUGAGUUUCAGAAGAUUAGAGAAGUAAACACUGGUGAUGGUGUAUUGGAAGUAGUUAAUGGUGUUAUAAAGAAAGACAUUGUUAAUAUAAGUGGUUGGAUAGAUUAUCCGAUUGAGAUGUCUGAAGCGAUACUGGAUGUCGAACGGAUGAUCUUCAAGGAUUUGGUUAGUGAAGCGAUUCGAGGUCUGGUUGAGUUAUCUGGUGAAUGUAUGUUCUUCAGGACUCGAAGGAGAUUAGUUUUUUAAAGGUUGAUGAAAGUUUUUUACCGUAAUUUUGAUCGUGUUUAUCUCCUUAAAUUUUGUAUGAGUGCGACAUUUUUAAAAAGGUUAACUAAACACAUUUUAAACUUA